GAUGUUUUUGUAGAGUUUGUAAUGGAAUAACGUCGUUUAUUUUCAAUAUCAGUUUAAGAAACGCUUGACAGAACUAUUAUUGUGUGGGCAGGUACUGGUAAUCCGGGGAUUUGUUACCGUCGUGGGAGGGGGUGCACUUCACUUGACCCCCUACUUUACUGGAGCUUGGGAGGAAUUUAAGUGUCAUCAAUAAGAGUCGAUCCAACAUAGUAUGGAGGAUGCCCGCUCGUGGACGGCGUCCCCCGCUCUUUCUGAUUCGUCAUCUCGUCUUUCUGACGGCGGGGAACCCCCAAGCAAGAAAUUCUGUAUAACUAAGCAACGAGGUUCAGUAAUGGAUACAAAUGUGACGCUGUGGCAGUUUUUGCUCGAGUUACUGGUUGGAAAUCAACAUAGUGAAAUCAUUCAAUGGACAAACACGGAGGGAGAGUUCAAAUUGAUUAAUGCGGAAGAAGUGGCGAAACUAUGGGGACUACGUAAAAAUAAGCUGAACAUGAAUUAUGACAAGCUCAGCCGAGCGCUUAGAUACUAUUACGAUAAAAACAUCAUCAAGAAAGUAAUGGGACAGAAGUUUGUGUACAAAUUUGUGUCAUUUCCGGAAAUUGUAAAAACGGAAAAUAAAAUUUCUUUUCGUGCAAUGAUGGAUAAUAUGGCAAAAGAACAUGGGUGUGUUAUGCCACAUUUUGCAUCUUACGACGCAGCUAGAAUAAAGUCUUCUGCUACAUUUGCCCUGAAUCCGGGAAACUCUGCAGCACCCACGGUAAAAACUGAAACUCCUUUUAUCGGCAGCGUAAGGUACCAUGGCACAAAUCCAUCAUCUUCCGUAAUAAGGACCUCUCAACCUGCAUCCCAACCUGUAAUGUUGAUCAAAACUGAGCCACAUUCAAUGCCUUCUUCUCCACUACCCAAAUCUCUGUCUCCCACAUCGUCUGCUUCAACUGAUCAGACGUCUACAUCAUCAAACACGCGCCCAAAGCCGACCCCACUCAGUCUCUCCAUCCAUGAUCCGUCUCCGCUUCUCUCCAGCGCCCUCUCCACACUUCCUAUCCCGAGUCCGAAAGUAACAAUGUCCGCCGGAUUGUCUACACCCCUGGUGCUCGCCAGCCCGGUGAUUGGCCCCAGAACGCCUUUCCUCCAUUUUUGGAGUUCUUUGAGUCCAAUAACAACGAUGAGCCCUCGUUUAGGUGGACCUGCAUCAGCUUUCCAGUUUCCGAGUUUCGCAACAAAUCACGUGACACUUUCUCCAAUGACUGCUACCUUUUCGAAUGUCGAAUCCUUAGCGACUCCCGCCUUGACAUCACCUACAAGGUCCAUUCCUUGUGUUUUAUGACCAUUACAGAAGACUGAGUCUGAUAUCUGAUUUUCAGGCUCCUUCACGGUGCUAUUGGGACCAAUUCCACAUUUUUAAAAAUUGUGAACAAACUACAAAAUGUAGAUGGUCAUGAUCUUCAAUUUUUUUUUCAUGUGAUUUAUAUAUACAUAUAUACUUGUGAUUUAUUUUUGUACGUAUGACAACACGGAGGAUGUUUUGUUUUUGAAUUAUUUACUAUUUUUUGCAGUUUAAGACAAACACCCUGGAGGUGCAACUGUAUAAAUUUGUAAUAGUCGCUUAAUCAUUCUAAUAUUAUACUUUUUAGUAACCCUCAAUGCUUAGAUUUAUAUAUACCAAUAAUUCAUCCACACCACUAAGUCCCAUUGAUUUUGUACAUAUUUCAAUGAAGUCUACAGAUGGCAAACAAA